AUGACAAAAUUAAUGUCGCGCGUCCCCGCAUCACCAGACCCAGAAGAAGAAGAACUAGACUCGGAGAUCACCUCGAUCCGCGCAGAAAGUAAGCAGACCGAGUCCCAACCAAAUCCCCAAAAGCAACAAACUAACCCAUACAAAGUCCAAAAUCUCCAAAAACGCAAGCGCAUCCUCACAUCGAGUCUCCUAGCAACCGACCCCGUCCAAAAACUGCUCCGCAAACCCGCAGCUCUAAACAAUCUCAGUGAUGACCUCGCAACAAUCUCUCCUCUAGCUCGCGCCGCCGGCACGCACACCUCAUCAAACCACCACCGCAUCGCCUUCAGUGCAACCGCAUUCCCAUUCAAGGAUCCGUCCCCAAGAGCCCCCGCGAACCUCCUCGGCGUGCGCAUUGACGUCUGCGCGCGCAACGGCCGCUUCGCCAAGCCAUACUAUGUCCUCCUCCGGCAGGGCCAGAGUCGCGCAGAUUCCGGCUCCAAAGUAUUGAAGGUCCAUCGGCACACGGUGCCGGGGUUUAUAUCUCUUGAAAAACUGGAGAGUGUUUAUCUACCCCACCCUGGAGGUUCGCAAGGCGAUAGGGAUGGAGAUGGAGAUGGUUCAUCUGACGGGGAAGAUGAGGUUGCUGAGCCAGCGAAGCCGUGGAAGAAGAAUGGCCGAGUUGCGCGCAAGCAAGAUCUGCGGGGCUUUGUGCGCGAACUACGCCGCGAGCUUGUGGCGUGGCAUAUGCGUGUGGACGCUGUUGAGUUCCUGCGCGAGAAGUUGGGUCUUGUGGGCGAGGGGGGCGCGCCAUUGCCGUUUGACGCGUCGCCGGAUCAGGAUACGGGGAUUGUGUCUUUGGCUGCUGCUGCGCUGGAGGCGCGGUAUGUGCGGCUUGAGUGGGCGGAUGGACGGGUUGGGCGGUUUAAGUUGACCAAUGCUGGGGUUGUGGAGAGGGCUGUUGUUAUUGGUGAUGAGGGGCGUGAUAAGAAGACUGAAGAUGCGAUGACUGGGGGUGGGGGUAGGAUUGAGACGGUCUUGGAGAGAUUGAAGGUGGAUGUUUUGUCCAAGUCACCAUGA